AGGUGAGAGGGAUGGCUAACAUUGCUAGACGCCUACCCCAUUACAAAUUUGGACUAAUAGCAGACGUGCAAUACGCAGACUCCGAAAACGGAUUCAAUUUCAGCAAGACCAACGAGAGAUUUUAUCGCCGUUCACUGACGCUACUAAAGGAAGCCGUUAACGUUUGGAAGAAAGAGAAAAUAGACAGCGUACUCCAACUUGGUGACAUCAUAGACGGGAAAUGCUUCUCUGAGAAGAAAUCUGAUAUUUGUUUACAACGAGUUCUGAAUAAUUUUAAUGAAUUACAGAAGGAUGUUUAUCAUGUAUGGGGGAAUCACGAACUGUACAAUUUUGAACGUAAAUUUCUGAUGACUUCCGAGUUAGGACCAAAAGAGGAAUGUAAUUCACCUCCCGACUGUGCGUAUUAUUCAGUUGACCUGCAUCCAAGACUCCGACUUGUUGCGCUAGAUUGUUAUGAGGUCAGUUUGCUAGGAGUUGAUAAAUCUUACAGAUAUUUCGACCAAGCAUGGAACACGUUAGGUGCGAUAAACCAGAAUGACACUUGGAACAGCCCAGAAGGUCUCGUGGGGUUAAAAAAAAGGUUUGUGAAGUACAAUGGCGGAUGCUCUACAAGACAGGUUCAGUGGUUGGAUGAGGAGCUUGAAGAGGCCAAAAGAAAGAAACAAAAUGUCAUCGUAAUUGGUCACCUUCCAGUUUUGGAAAGCAGUGCGCAUGCGGCAAAUCUGCUUUGGAACUAUGACGAGAUCUUACAAGUUCUUGAGGCCAACAAAGACUGUGUGUUGUGUUAUUGCAGUGGCCACGACCACGAUGGUGGAUUUGACUUGGACGAAUCAGGAAUUCAUCAUAUAACACUGGCAGGAGUUAUAGAGGCAAUAGACAAUAACCCGUUUGGCACCGCGUAUCUCUAUGACAACAAACUUGAAAUCAAAGGAAACGGAAAUGUUCCCGACUUCUGUAUUGACCUAAAGUACCCCAUACGGACUGAAACCAGUUGAUGAAACCAAUAUUUUAUUGUUUAUUUUAAUCUUAGGUCUAUGAAACCACAAAUCACGCAAUGUUUUGAUACGAAGAACUGACUCAGGAGACGUGUUUUAAAUGAAGUGCUUUUUUAUUUAUUGAAAAUU